GGAAGUAGCGAAGAUUACUAAGAAUCUCUCUUUCUUAUUUUGAACAAAAUGAGUAAUACACUUUCAUAAUCCUAUCUACCACGUGAUUGGAAUGAGAUUUUGGGGACAACAUUUUCUUUCUCCUUUUUUUGAACCAUUGAAGAGAAGAAAUUUUUUUCAUUUCCAAACUUGCCCACCCUACCAUCAUCCUUCUUUUCAGUCCAAUUCCAGAACCAAAUCCUAAUGGCAUAUUCCGAUUGAAAAGCUCCUAAGAACCAUAAUCUAGCCACCAAGACUGCCUCAUGGCCAAAUCUGGCCAACUUACAAAUUCAUAUCAACACUUUUAUAGAAACUCAAAAAAUGCUAAAUUGAAAAAAAAUAUAUAUACUAUGCAAUUUCACCCAAAUCUAAUUCAGCUAGAAUUCAAAAUAUCCAGCUUUACCUCCUCCAACAAAUCUUGUCCUUUUGCUUUCAAAUCAUCAAGUUUAGCUAAAGCCAGAUCUAACUCCUGCCAUUCUAACAAAGGUCAACCGGGUGGAAAGAAAGGAUCGUUGGGAAAGUCCUUUUUUCUUUUCAGAAAAAUAAAUAGCAUGCUCACAUCCAGAUUUCGCACGUGCGAAACCACUUAAGGAUUUUUGAGGAAACAUUACUAACAAAACAGCAAAAUGUACAGAUAUUGGUGACGGUAAAUACUCAGGUAAAUACAGUCAUGGUUAAGGUUAAAGAUUCAAAUUCCGAUAUUAGCAAGCAACUAACAUUGAUGUGUGUGUGUAUAUAUAUAUAGUUGUACAAGCACAAGCGCAAACACAAACAGCCCAGCACUCCAUUGCCGUGUUAUUGGACCUUUGUGUCUUACAUGCACAUGUUGACUAUCACCACACAAGUACCCGCCACCAUAUACACAGAAAUGCCUGGUUGACAAAAGAGAGCUCGUAACAGAGAUUGGGAUAGAGCUGACCGGGCAUGACAAUUGAAAUGGAAUGAAAUUAUGGCACUACUUAGAAUAAAUUAUCCACUACUGAGAAAACUAUAGUCGUAUCUAUUGGACAACAAAAGUUCUCCCCCUUCCUGUACUCUAUCAGAAACAAAAUAAAAAAUAAAAAAUAAAAAUGAUAAUUAGAGUAGGAAGGAGCUCACUAUAAUAGGAAUAAAGAUUGCAAAUAAGGUUCUUUCCAUGCUAUGAACUGAAUUGAGAUGCAAAUAUUGAAAGCAUGACAGAAUUUAAAAAAGAGAAAAGCUGGAAUCAAUAUGACCACUAAAGAUGCUGCACAAAAACCAUGGAUCCAUGUUCACAGUUUAACGAAAACAAGAGCUUGUGGAUGAAAAGUCCUGAUCAUCUACAAUAACAGUAAGCAACAAUGUUAAAGUGACCAAGUUACGUGCAAGCAAUUCACCUGUUCUUUUGAGCUUCUCAAAUUGCAAUGAGAAAGCAGAUAAUCAGAAAGAUUGGAAAUAAAUAACAAUAUAGACCAUGCUUCUUA